GGGUUCAGUUUCGCCUUUUCUGCGGCGAAGUUUGAAUGAAAUUCGAUAUUUUCGGUCUGUUCUUGACUAAGAUUUACAUGACAUUGACCAAUCACAGUCGAGAAUGGCUCUGAUUUAAAUUAUCUCAACUGUUAGAUUCUCUCGCAGGGUCAUCGACUGAUCGAAGAAUAAUACUGGGCAAUCGAGUUACGGUGGGAUUUUCUCAAUCGAUGUAGUGAUUUUCGGAAGUUUUUUGUAGAUCUUUGAGCAUUCCUUCUGCAAUGAUUUGGGUGGAAGAAGAGGGGAAGCAAGAACUAUCUGUCAAUGCUACUAAAAAUGUGUACGAGCUCGAACAAAGAUGUCAAACGUUCCAGAAGGACUGCAAACAAAAGCAGUUACAAUUGGAUAGUUUACAAGCUGCUUUGGAUAAACAGAAGAGGCUUACAGAUGACGAGAACGCAAACUCUUCCUUUCUGAAAAAAGAAAAUAAUUUCCUGGCUAAAUCAACUCAAGAGUUAGGGCAAAAUCGAGAAGAGACUUUUCACGAUUUGAAUGCAAAGGAAGCCCAGAUUCGUUGUCUGGAACUUCGAUUGACAAAUGUUUUGGAUAAUUUACAGCACGAUCAUAACCAGUUUGUGGAAAAAGUUGAAAAACAGACGGCGGAUUUGACCGAAUCAAACGAUGCAAAUAACCAACUGCAGAGACAACUCGCCGAUCACAAAGAAAGAGUUGAAGCAUUAGAAAGUCAACUGAAAAGACUGGGAGAAGAACCAGAUUCAAGAGAGCAGAAGAGCUCAUCUGGUUUUGAGUCUGAAAUGGAGUGGGAAUUUAAUCAGGAAAAAAAGCUAAAGGAAAUAGAAGCAAACCUUCAAAUGGAGAGAGAACAGUGCCAGAAGAUUGGAAAAGAACUGCUUGAACUAAAUGCCAAUUCUUUGAAAGUCAGUAACAAGGUAUCUAUGCCCUCUACUUCAGAAAUUAAGGACAUUACUGUACAACAAGAGUUAAAAUAUAAAACCAGUGAGCUAGCUUUGGCAACUGAGAAACUAGAAGCAAAGGACUCAGAAAUGAAGGAGAAGCUGAGGGAGAUGAGUGAAAUGUCUGAAUGCCUCCAUAAAAAGGAACAUGACAUUAAAGAGAUGAGCACAAAACUGUCAGAGAUAAACAAAAUUGAGUCUCAGCCAAAUGAAGCAAAGACUAACAUAGAAGCCUUAGAGCAAGAGAAGGAAACUCUGGGGGGUAGACUGCAUGAACUAACUACACAUUGUGAACUAGUGGAAAACAUGAAGGAUGCUUUGAAUGAAGCAGAGAAAGAGCUGGCAGUUCUUCGAGCAGAAAGACAGGAUACAGACAAAUGGCUUGAAAGAGAGAGACAAAAGAUUGUUGAGGCAGCCAGAGAGUUUGCCUUGCAACAAGAACAGACGUUUAACAACGAGGUCGGUAUUCUAGAGUACAAACUGACUUGUAAAGACAAAGAACUACAAGAGAUGGAAUCCUUACUAAAUCAGUUGCGACACAAUCUUAAAAGUUUACAACAAGAAAAGAAUGUACUCCUCGAGGCAGCCGAGGAAAGGGACAGAGAAUUUGAAGAAGAAAAGAAGCUGUGGAAUUCCGGAAUUUAUAGUAACGGGAAAAUUCAACAGUACAUCUCCGAUUUGAACGAAGAACGCCUAAAUGUAAGUCACUUGAAAGAGAAAUGCAACGGGCUUGAAUCAAGGAUGAAAGAACUUGAAGAUGUAAACUCCUCACUGCGGAAGGAUUUAGGACGGAUUCGCGAAGAAAAGAAACUCGAGACGGAAGGUAGAGAAGAAGCUUUAUCGCAUAAAGUUGACUUUCUGCGCUCUGAAUCAACUAAACUUGAGGAAAAAUUGCAAACAAAGGAAUCUCUAGUUUUAGGCCUGAUUGACGAGAGAAAUGAGUUAUCAAUGACUGUGGCCUCUUUAGGGGAGGAGCUCAGUAAAUCAGCUCAGGUUGUGACAGAGCUGCAGCAACAAUGUGACUAUAUGAAGGAACAGUUAGAGAACCUCAGAGAAGAAAAGGGUCGUCUUGAACAAGAGAAAGGUGCCUCGAUGAUGCAAGAAAAAUUUUAUACAGAAAUAUCUUUGAAGAAAGUCCGCGAACUUGAGGUAAAGCUAGGAAAAGAAGUGAAAGAAAAGAAGGAAUUGUCAAAUAUUGUCGAGGAAAUGAGAGGAAUUCUUGAAAAAGAGCAGAAUUGUCUCAAGGAGAAAAACCAGGAGCUGGCUGAGGUGAAGAGAUUACUGCAGCUUGCUGUUAAAGAGAAUGAAGAAUCCAUCAAAGAUAAGAAAACUAAUCUAGUCGAACUGACGUUUUCGUAUAAAGAUCUGAAAAACAAACUCGAUAAGACGGAAAAGAAUUUCGAGGAAAAGUGUAAAGAGCUAAAGCAGGUUAAAGAACAGCUUAACCAAACAGAAAGCGAAGUUAAAAAAUGGAAAACCAUUGCAAACCAGAGGAAAGCUUUCGCCACCAAUCUAAAACUUGCAAACAAGCUAGAAAAACUCAGCUGGGACAAGAACGCUGCAUCACCUUGCACAGACAAUGCUGGUGCUGGAAAAAGUUCAGAUGGAUCAAGUUCAUCCAAGCCCUCUGGAGUGAGUUUCUUAAAAGGAGAUAUUCUUCUCUCGCCACUCGCUAAAUCCUUAUCCAACCUAGAAAUCAAGUCCCCUACAACCGUCACUACACAAGCGGCUGCCACGCGGGAAACGUCCUCAGCACCAACAAGCAGAACACAGCGGCAGACCAUAUCCACGAAGGAAAGUUUGCCACUCGAAGAAAGAGUUACGGAUGUGUACGUUGAGGCGAAUAAAAGAGGAAUUUAUAAACCAAAUGGUUCUGUUGACACCAAGAAAAGGGCAGGCCAGCAAGCGUCAGAUGUCAGAAUGGCCAAGAGACGACAUGUAUCCAGCGGCAAUGAGGCAGACCGCCAGACUACCUCCACAGCGGUGAAAACCCGUAGUGCAGCCAUGAAAGUUGUUCAGCCUACAUUCACGAAAGACGGGGCAGAAAGUCAUGUGUCCACUUGUGUUCCCCCAAGGGGACAGUUCUUCCCUCCGGAGAUGCCCCUGUCGCCACGGAAGACAAAGUCUGUCAACAUACCGCAGGGUCCAAGGCCAAAGAUCCCUAAACCUGGGAGGAGUCAGUUGCCAAGACACAACAAUCAAAAGAUGCCAAGUGCCUCAACACAACAGGAUAAGAGUCGGAGACGGCAGGCUUUGGGAGAAACGGCAAGUAAAUCGACAGGCAAUCAGACAGAAUGCAAGAUGCAGUAAUUGUAACGGCUGGGUGGACAUAUUGCCUCGCUUCCGUUUGAACCUUGUCAGUCAAACAGCAUACUUUGCGCGCGUUUGGUAAUACUUCGAUUUUUCUUGAUAUACCGAAUUGGGAAACUUACUCUAAUUUUUGCCAAAAUCAGAUGUGAUGCCGCUAUUUACAUACGCAAAGAUCUGAAAUCUACGUUUUCAAGAGUGAGAGGACAGUUCUUCUCUGUAAGGACAAAUGUAUUUUCAUUUUUUCGUGGGGCAAACUGCUUUAAAACUGCUUUAUUUUCAUCCAAUUUACCAUCUAAAUUCUCCCAAUGUUUUUUUUGCUUUGU